AUGGAUCAGUCAGCAUUAGACGCGUUCCAUGGAGAACUAAUACAGACGUCGCCGUCACUGGACUUUCUACUGGCGGAGGACUCGCCGCUCUCGACAGUAGAUACAGUGGGAACAGGCACGACGAGCAACACAGAGAGCAGCGGGCCAGAUUUCACAAACGGCACCCCUAGCUGGAAUGACACGGCCAGUCUGAAUAACAUGCUGAGUGAAAACGCGCUUGAGUCCAUCAACCGGCAGCGAUCGCAGAACAAGCUGAUUCACUUGGAUCCCAUACCCGAUUUCCAGGAUCGUAACGAAAUCAAGCCGUGGCUUCAGAAGAUUUUCUAUCCCCAAGGUAUCGAGAUUGUGAUCGAGCGUUCUGACAACAUCAAGGUAGUGUUCAAGUGCAAGGCGUCGAAAAGGGGCAGGGCCUCUCGCAAGCAAGCCGGUUGCGGGUCGCUGCCGGAAGAAAAGGAAAACCCCGAGAGCCCGCUGGCGGUGAAGAGGGUACAACAGGCAAACAAGAAAAAGAGGUCCGUAUCUCCGUAUAACACAUGCCCGUUCCGGGUACGCGCGACAUAUUCGCUGAAGCGCAAGAAGUGGAACAUCGUGGUUAUGAAUAAUGGACACUCACAUCCUUUGAAGUUCAACGCCGAUAGCGACGACUACAAAAAGUUCAAAAAUUACCUGCGUGAGAAUGAAGACUGGGACGCCGUUAAGAAGUUCGAUGAGCUGGAGUGCAGGACUCGUUUCAACCUUCCUACACAACCACAACCGAUCCCCUGUGACUGUGGACUUACGCAAGAAAUUGAGAGUUUUAACAUUGUCCUUCCUACGUCGGACUCUCUCGCAAAUUCAACCGACAAGACAGUGAGCAAGCCACGCCACAAAUCCACGCGCAAGGGCAAUAAGCAGAUGGCCACGGCUCUCAGUCGAAAUUCAACGCCUCUCGGAUUUUUGGACAAGUCACCGUCUCAAUCGGCACGCUCUGGACAAGAGCCACAGCGUAUCAAGCAGGAGAGCACCGGCGCCCCCCAGGAACCUCAUUCUGGCAUGACGGGGUUAUCGCCGAUGCAAAACUUUGAUACAUCUAUGUCAGGAUGGGACCCAAACACGCUCACCAGCCAGUCCGAGGAGAUUGACUUUACAGACUUGUUUCUUCGACCUUUGCCUCGGACAAAGCAGGACCCCAUUUUUGAGAAGCCCCAAACGCUUAACAGUCCCGGGCGCGACCAGCCUUGGAACGCUUCCAAAAACUUCAUGGACGACCUGCAAUUUCAACUCGCGCCGGUAUGCGAACCCAGCCACACAAGCAAUGCCCACUGCAUUCUUCCGUCAUCGACAGAGGCACAUAUGAACUGCGAUGCAAUGGACGCUGGCUCACAGCAUGAGUUUCCCCAUCACAGGGUCCAACAGCAAGACCCAAGCAUGCUGCAUAGCUCCCCGGCUAACGGAAUGCUGAGCUCGGACCUUGGCAACAUGCACCUCACGGGUCAGCAGAUGCAAGUGCCGCAUCCUGACCCAGGACUCCCCUGGGAACCACAACACAGCAACGACCCUCAUGGAUAUAGUAAUGACUUCUAG